AUGGCUAUUCCAUCAACCCAAACCGCAGCAGCCAUCCCGCCCCCAGGGCCUACCGGAUCAUUAAAUAUACAGAUUAGCAAGACACACCCAAUUCCCAAACCAACCGACGGGGAGGUUCUUGUCAAACUCGAGUUCUCCGGAGUCUGCCAUAGCGAUGUUCACAGCAUCCGAGGCGACACUCCUAUGCUGACCGAUGUCGCUGGCCACGAGGGCGUGGGCAAGGUUGUUGCAGUUGGACCAGGUUUAGAUGAGAAGCAGUGGAUUGGUCAAAGAGUGGGUAUUAGAUGGCUAUACAGCUCUUGCUUGGAGUGCGAGAUCUGUGCUAUCAACCAUACCUCAUGUCCCUAUCAAAAGAAUGCUGGAGCGAACGUCCCAGGAACUUUCCAGCAAUAUCUCGUUAGCCCGGCCAUCCAUGCAACUAAGAUCCCGCCAGGGCUGUCUCCAGAUACUGCGGCUCCUCUACUAUGUGCUGGUAUUGCAAUGUACUCCUCGAUCAAGAAGACCAAAGCACGCCCUGGUGACUCAAUCGUCAUUCUGGGUGCAGGAGGCGGGCUAGGACAUAUGGGUGUCCAAAUCGCUGCUAAGAAAGGUCUCAAGGUUCUUGCCAUUGACAAGGGUGAGAAGAAGAGAAAGCUCUGUCUAGAACUAGGAGCUACAGAGUUCUUGGACUUCACCGAAAUUGAUAUCGUCGAAGCUGUCAAGGCCUCUACAUCGGGUUUCGGCGCACAUGCCGUUAUAUGCACGGCCAACGGAGAAAAAGCAUACGAGCAGAGCAUGCAAAUGCUGCGUCGCCUCGGCACUCUUGUGUGUGUCGGUAUCCCAAAUGUUCCUUUCAAGCUACCAGUCACCCCGCUGGAUAUGAUUGUUCAAGGUCUCACCAUUGUUGGAAACUCUGCUGGCAGUGCGACGGAGAUGGACGAGCUGAUGGAAAUGGCGGUAGCUGGGGACAUCAAGGCAUGCAUUGAGGUCUUUGAUCUUGCUGAUAUUCUGGACGUACUGAAACGCCUCGAGAAUUCGGAGAUCGAGGGACGAGUGGUCUUGAAGAUCCCUGAGUAG